ACCAGUUUAAAUCAGUAAUUUGCCAUGGUUAAAGUGUGCCUGUUCUUGCUGCUUCUAACUGCGGCUGGGGCACAGCUUCAAUAUGAAACCAAGACAAAUGACGUUGCCGUAUCCUUGGAGUCUCUGCUACCCAUGAUAAAGCUGAAAGAAGCCUAUGUGCAGAAUUUUGAAAGCUACAAGCAAGCGCUAGAGAUUCAACUGAAGCAAGUCUAUCGACUCAUAAGACAUACGGAGGAUCUGUUGGAAGGAAUAACAGCAAAGACUGGGAACAGUUUCUGGCAACAAUUCAGACUCAUCCGUCACAUGCAGUGGGAUUGGCAGCAAAGUUUGAAGCUAAUGCAAAAAGUUUUGGGCGCCAAAGAGAUUGCUUUUUCCCAAGAACGAUGUCACGAGCUUCCCACUAGCAUUGACUUUGAGGAAGCCCUAGGCGCCAUUUAUAGACUCCAGACCGUUUAUAGCUUGGAUCCCGCAGACAUGGCAGGCGGCAUAUUGCGUGGCAAACGCUACAGUCGCAAGAAAUGGGAACCAAACGAGUGCUUCAUGUUUGGGCUGGUAAAUCUGUACGUCAAGAACUACGAGACAGCCGAAUAUUGGCUGGAAUUGGCACUCUUCUACUAUGAUGCACAUCGCAAUCCAAAACAGUUUGACACCAUGGUCAUGAAAUAUAUUACCAUUUUGGAAAUGCUUGUUGAGGCCACAAAGGGAUUUGGACGUUUUUCCGCAUCUAUGGAGCAUGCCCUUGAGGUACUUUCCAUACAGCCCGAUCAUCCGUAUAUGCUGCAGCUGUUGCCAAAGCUACAAUUGCUGGAAAGUCAACCAUUCAAGGGCGCCGAACCUGAGGAAAAUUACGUGAAGCUUAAAGCCUUGUGUGCAAAGUCAUAUCCACGAAAAGUAAAUGACGUGCACUGUAGUUACCUACGAGCCACGCCGUUUCUGCAGCUUGCAGCCAUCAGAAUGGAACAAUUGACUAACGAAGCGAGCGUUAAUAUUUAUUAUGAGCUCUUCAAUGAUGAGGAAAUGGAGGCAUUGAAAAGCUUAGCUAGACCCGAACUGCAACGCCCAAAAGGGUCCAAGAAUUCCACCUACAAGAUAGCCCAGUUGUCGCAGACCAAAAAUGACAUCAUUAGCACUGUGAAUCGACGCAUUCAGGAUAUCAGUGGGAUGGACCUGCACGAAGAGGAAAAGCUACAAGUUAUCAAUUAUGGCAUGGCUGGCAAAUACAAUCUGGAAGACAGUGCGGGCUCUGCAGCAACAGCUUUAAUAUUUCUAAGCAAUGUGCAGCAGGGUGCAGAAACAGUCUUUCCCUUUCUCAGCUUACAGGUGAAACCGCAGAAGGGUUCCAUGCUGCUGUGGCGGAACGCGGAUUGGAGCGUCUUGCAUAAAUCUUGCCCUCUAAUAAUGGGAAAUAUGUGGGUUGCAACAAAGAGGCUGACUUGAGAGGAUCUAGGCGAAUUUAUCGUUUGAAUGUAUGUAUUUUAACUAC